AAGAUUUUCCUUUUAAUGAUGUAAAAAUGGCUGCGUUUGCCCGUCAGCUGCAUCAGAUGCGAAUGCAAUUUCAUUUUAAUGAAAGUAAAACAUCCAGGCUGGGAUGGGUACUAUACACUGCUAGGCAGGAUUAUUUUACAGGUGGAGUGCUCAUUCGACGACACGACCUGUACGAUCUCUCAGAAAGGUAAGCCAACAAAGUGCAUGGUGGUUGGAUACACUUACAUGGUCGGCCGUGCAGCACGAUACAACUAUGACUGAAGUUAACGGACCACUCGUGAACAUGUUUAACGCAGGCACAGGUCUGCUUCGUUUGGGAAGCACCGCUGGCGCGAAGACGAGAUCAACCACAGCAUCCAGGUUCAAGCCAGUGACUCACGUGAUUUUUGACAUGGAUGGUCUUCUUUUAGACACGGAGAAUUUGUACACUCGUGCAGCGGAGACGGUGGCAGUCACGGUAUGGCAAAACGUUACCUGGGAACUCAAGAAGCGGGUGAUGGGAACGCCCGAAGCCGACGCGGCGCGCACUACCAUCGACUUCCUCGGCCUGCCCCUGACAACGGACGAGUACAUGGCGGCACUGGACCACAUAUUUGAAGAGACGUUCCCCGAAGCCCAGCUUAUGCCUGGAAUUGCAGGUGCUGACAAGCUGGUGCGUCACCUUUACGCGCAUGACAUCCCCAUCGCCAUUGCAACCAGUUCCAAGCCGGCCUCAUUCACUCUGAAGAUGUCAAGACACCGUGAAUUCCUGGCCCUGUUCCACCACGUAGUCUGCUCGGGAGGAGACCCCGAUGUGAGGCGGGGCAAGCCGCACCCAGAUAUAUUUCUCGUCGCCGCGUCCAGGUUCGACGAGAUGCCACCGCCGCAGAAGGUCCUUGUGUUUGAGGACUCAGUGAUGGGCGUCAAGGCUGCCAUCGCUGCCGGCAUGCAGGUCGUUAUGGUUCCCGAUCCUCGCAUCGAUGAAGAGAAGCGGCUUCUGGCUACAACUUCUCUUUCUUCACUGCUCGACUUUGAGCCCGAGCUCUUUGACCUUCCAGGUUUCGAAAUUCCUGCACAAGAUCAGAAAAAAAGAAAUCACUCAUAUUGCCUUAGCGCCACUCGAGCGCCAAGCCAAUAAAGUUAGCGGUAAACAGAACCCUUAGACAUGUU